AGUCGUCAGUGUAAUGAACAUGGCGGACACCAGGGAGAAGGGUUUGCAGGAUUACAGGAAGAAAUUGCUUGAGCACAAAGAGAUUGACGGACGUUUGAAAGAACUGAGAGAGCAGCUGAAAGAGCUUACAAAGCAGUAUGAAAAGUCAGAAAAUGACCUGAAAGCUUUACAAAGUGUGGGACAGAUUGUUGGGGAAGUCCUCAAGCAACUGACAGAGGAGAAAUUUAUUGUCAAAGCCACAAAUGGCCCUCGAUAUGUUGUUGGCUGCCGUCGACAGCUGGAUAAAUCCAAGCUGAAACCUGGCACCCGAGUGGCUCUCGAUAUGACCACUCUGACCAUCAUGAGGUAUUUGCCCAGAGAGGUGGACCCCUUGGUUUAUAACAUGUCCCAUGAAGACCCAGGAAGCGUGUCCUACUCCGAGAUUGGGGGGCUGUCAGAGCAGAUCCGAGAACUGAGAGAGGUGAUUGAAUUGCCCUUGACAAACCCCGAGCUCUUCCAUAGAGUGGGCAUCAUCCCCCCAAAAGGCUGUCUUCUCUAUGGGCCACCAGGAACAGGAAAGACCCUUUUGGCCAGAGCUGUAGCCAGUCAGCUUGACUGCAAUUUUCUGAAGGUGGUGUCCAGCUCCAUUGUAGACAAGUACAUUGGCGAGAGUGCCAGGCUGAUCCGAGAGAUGUUCAACUAUGCCCGUGAUCAUCAGCCUUGCAUCAUCUUCAUGGAUGAGAUUGAUGCUAUCGGUGGCCGUCGCUUCUCUGAGGGAACAUCUGCUGACAGGGAGAUUCAAAGGACACUGAUGGAGCUGCUGAACCAGAUGGAUGGGUUUGACACCCUGCACAGAGUGAAGAUGAUCAUGGCCACCAACCGGCCAGACACUCUGGACCCAGCAUUACUACGACCAGGCAGACUGGACCGCAAGAUCCAUAUUGAGCUCCCCAAUGAGCAGGCUCGUUUGGACAUCCUGAAGAUCCAUUCCGGCCCCAUCACUAAGCAUGGAGAGAUAGAUUAUGAAGCCAUUGUGAAGCUCUCUGAUGGAUUCAAUGGUGCGGAUUUAAGGAAUGUCUGCACUGAAGCAGGCAUGUUUGCGAUCCGUGCAGAUCGUGAUUAUGUGACCCAGGAAGACUUCAUGAAAGCAGUUCGCAAGGUGGCCGAUUCGAAGAAGCUUGAAUCUAAACUGGAUUACAAACCUGUAUAGAACUUUGGUUUGUCAGAAACCCUUUGUGUAUGUGUACCGUCAAUAAAAGAAAUACCAGCUUCUGUAGCUACGCUUCAUGCUGCAAUGUUUCAUUUGUAUGUAUGAAUAAAACAAGGUUUCUUUCUCGGUUUUUUCAUGGAUGGUUUGCAUUUGGUCUGAGUAUAGUUUUUCUCAAUAUAAAUUAGCUCCAGUGACCCUGCAUGACUUGUUGCAUUUUUUUAAUGUUUUAUGAGUACCCUAAAAAUUGCAAUAAAAAUUUUCAAAAUAAUAA